GGGAGGUCAAUAUAAUAAUUUGAAAAGAACCGGAAAUCACGAGAAAAUAUAUGCCGACUUCCGUAUCAUCAUAUGACAGAAAACGAAAAUGACGUCCGAAAGAGAUCAUACAAUGCAGCCUUUAAAGGUGGCAGAUGCAGAGAAGGAGAGUAUGUAUGGAUACAUCUAUACUGUCUCUGGUCCUGUCGUGACUGCCCAAAACAUGGCUGGUGCAGCUAUCAUGGAGUUGGUCCGUGUGGGUCACUCUGAGCUGGUCGGAGAGAUUAUUAGGCUUGAGGGAGACACUGCCACCAUACAAGUCUAUGAAGAUACCUCUGGUGUAACUGUUGGUGACCCUGUACUCAGAACCAAAAAACCAUUGUCCGUUGAGCUUGGGCCUGGUCUUAUGGGCGGUAUCUAUGACGGUAUCCAGCGUCCACUUGAAGACAUUAGCGAUCUCACACAGAGCAUUUACAUCCCCAAGGGUAUCAAUGUGCCUGCCCUUGACAGAAACAAGAGAUGGGACUUUGAACCACUCAAUGUUCGGGUUGGAAGCCAUGUCAGUGGUGGAGAUAUCUUUGGAAUAGUCUAUGAGAAUAUUCUUGUCAAACAUAGAAUCAUGUUGAAUCCUAAAGCCAUGGGUACAGUCACAUGGAUUGCAGAGCCUGGCUCAUACACUGUAGUGGAUCCUAUACUGGAAACUGAAUUUGAUGGUGUUAAAACAAAACAUACCAUGAUGCAAGUUUGGCCUGUACGUCAGAUGAGACCAGUGACAGACAAACUGGCAGCUAACUAUCCUCUUUUAACUGGCCAGAGGGUGUUGGAUGCUCUUUUCCCUUGUGUACAAGGUGGUACCACUGCCAUUCCUGGGGCUUUUGGCUGCGGCAAGACUGUCAUCUCCCAGUCCCUGUCCAAGUUCUCCAACUCUGAUGUCAUCAUCUACGUGGGUUGUGGAGAGAGAGGAAAUGAGAUGUCUGAAGUAUUGAGAGAUUUCCCUGAGCUCACCAUGGAUGUGGAAGGCAAACAGGAGAGCAUCAUGAAGAGAACAGCUUUGGUGGCCAACACAUCCAACAUGCCUGUAGCUGCCAGAGAGGCCUCCAUCUACACAGGUAUCACCCUGUCUGAGUACUUCAGAGAUAUGGGUCUUAACGUUUCCAUGAUGGCUGACUCUACAUCCCGUUGGGCUGAGGCCUUGAGAGAGAUCUCUGGUCGUCUGGCUGAAAUGCCUGCCGACUCUGGCUACCCCGCCUACCUGCCUGCCAGGUUGGCCCACUUCUACGAGAGAGCUGGCCGCGUCAAGUGUCUGGGUAACCCUGGCCGUGAGGGUUCAGUCAGUAUUGUAGGAGCUGUCUCUCCUCCUGGUGGUGACUUCUCAGAUCCCGUAACCACGGCAACACUCAACAUUGUCCAGGUCUUCUGGGGCUUGGAUAAGAAGCUCGCCCAGAGGAAGCACUUCCCUUCCGUCAAUUGGCUGAUCUCCUAUUCAAAGUACGACAGAGCUUUGGAUGAGUUUUAUGAAAAGUCAUACCCUGACUUUGUACCACUGAGAAACAAGUGUAAAGAAAUUUUACAAGAAGAAGAAGAUCUGUCUGAAAUUGUACAGCUUGUCGGCAAGGGCUCCCUGGCAGAGUCUGACAAAAUUACACUUGAAGUCGCCAAACUGAUCAAGGAUGAUUUCCUGCAACAAAAUGGCUACACACCUUAUGACAGGUUCUGCCCAUUCUACAAGACCAAUGGUAUGCUGAAGAACAUCAUCUCCUUCUACGAGAUGGCCCGCCACGCUGUGGAGACUACAGCACAGAGUGAAAACAAAGUGACUUAUGCUAUCAUUAGGGAACAGAUGAGUGGCCUCAUGUACAAACUCAGCAACAUGAAAUUCAAGGACCCAUACAAGGAUGGUGAGGCAAAAAUCAAACAAGAUUACGAGGAACUGCAUGAAGAGAUGCAACAAGCAUUUAGCAAUCUAGAACUCUAGAUUAUUAUUAUUUUUUCCUCUUUCUGCUGGGGUAUUGUGGGUAAUUGUAGUUCACCAAGACAAGAAACAUUAUCAGACUUUAAAAAGGAGAGAAAUACAUGAAUUAAUUGUUAACUUAGUGUUUAACACCUUCUUAGAUCCAUCACAUCUAGUUUCAGAUUCUGUUCUCAGUUUUUAACUAGUGUUUAUGGUCAUUCUUAGUGUGAUUUAUUGUCAUUAGAUGAUAGAGAAUGUAUUUCUUGAAGUAUUUUUAAUGAGUUGAGGAUUGUUUCUAUUUUUCUUGAGUGUAAACUCCUAGGUCAAUGUAUGAACAACUGUGAUUUGUCUCCCCUAUGUUAACUAGUACAUAAGGGGUUAUUUAACCAUAUUCAUCUAUAUCAGAAGAGUAAACAUGUACAUAUUUUAUUUAUAUAUACAACUGGCUUGUGUUGGUUUUAACCAUUUAUAUUUAGUUCCAUUAUCAUCUAACAAAUAAAUGUCAAUUAUGUAAAUUGAAAAAAAAAAUUCCAGCUUAAAAUUUUCCAGUUUUGCAGGAAAAUUUCUGUUUGAUCUGGCAUAGUAAACAUGACUAAUUCAUCACUGUGCUAGCAUGUCUGGAUAUAUUUAAGCAACCUAUUAAGGUUAUUAUUCAGUUAUUAAUCUAUUUAAGUGCAUUUUUCACCUUAGGAUUUUUAGGAUAAUUUUUGUCAUUUGUCACAUCAUAGUCAAGAAUUUUUUUCUACCAUAUAUAUAUGCUGGUGUUCCGAUAGUAUGUAAAGUGUAUGUAUGUUUUGUUGGUGAGUCAAUGAAUUCCAAGAAAUCUGUUUCCACAGGUACUGAAGUAGCGACGCAUGACAUUUUGUGUAUACAUGUUGCCUGUUUUAUGUUUAUUUUGUGAACAUUCCAAUUUGUUCCUGUCAUUUCCUUUUCUUUGUGUUUAUGUUCCCUGACUAGUUAGCAAAAAUCAAAUCUGUGUUCUGUAAGUCAAGUUCUAGACCAAUGAUGCUAAAGGCUUGAUUUGUUUCAUUUCUUUUUGUCAUGGGUGCAUGUUUUCGUGUCAAAGUUUGAAUGUUUCAAUGUUAGUUGCCAGUGUUAAUGUAAACUGGAAGCCAUUUGUAGAAAAUAAUCUGGUGGCAAAGAUACAUAGCAUAGCUUUGGUAUGUUUCUGUGUCAAAUAAAUUAUGCUCAAAUA